AUGGGCGCCGCCAUCUUGCCGGAAACCACGUGUCGGCAUGGGCGCCGCCAUCUUGCCGGAAUCCACGUGUCGGCAUGGGCGCCGCCAUCUUGCCGAAAGCCACGUGUCGGAAUGGGCGCCGCCAUUUUGCCGGAAACUACGUGUCGGCACGGGCGCCGCCAUCUAUCCGAGCCCGGAGUCUACCCCGACGCCUUAGAUGCCCCUCCCCGCGACGCCGUCGGCCUCACGCGAACCGGAAUAUCAUUCCGGCCCCCGGGGACCCGCGGAAAGCGCAAAAAUCCCGGCAAAAAUCGAGAAAAAAGAUCCGGUCAUGGGGGCCGCCAUCUUCCCGGAAACCACGUGUCGGCAUGGGCGCCGCCAUCUUGCCGGAGUCCACGUGUCGGCACGGGCGCCUCCAUCUCGCCGGAAACCACGUGUCUUCAUCAGCGCCGCCAUCUAUCCGAGCCCAGAGGCUACCCCGACGCCUUAGAUGCCCCUUCCCGCGACGCCGUCGGCCUCACGCGAACCGGAAUAUCAUUCCGGCCCCCGGGGACCCGCGGAGAGCGCAAAAAUCCCGGCAAAAAUCGAGAAAAAAGAUCCGGUCAUGGGGGCCGCCAUCUUCCCGGAAACCACGUGUCGGCAUGGGCGCCGCCAUCUUGCCGGAAACCACGUGUCGGCAUGGGCGCCGCCAUCUUGCCGGAAUCCACGUGUCGGCAUGGGCGCCGCCAUCUUGCCGGAAACCACGUGUCGGCAUGGGCGCCGCCAUCUUGCCGGAGUCCACGUGUCGGCACGGGCGCCUCCAUCUCGCCGGAAACCACGUGUCUUCAUCAGCGCCGCCAUCUAUCCGAGCCCAGAGGCUACCCCGACGCCUUAGAUGCCCCUUCCCGCGACGCCGCCGGCCUCACGCGAACCGGAAUAUCAUUCCGGCCCCCGGGGACCCGCGGAGAGCGCAAAAAUCCCGGCAAAAAUCGAGAAAAAAGAUCCGGUCAUGGGGGCCGCCAUCUUCCCGGAAACCACGUGUCGGCAUGGGCGCCGCCAUCUUGCCGGAAACCACGUGUCGGCAUGGGCGCCGCCAUCUUGCUGGAAUCCACGUGUCGGUAUGGGCGCCGCCAUCUUGCCGGAAUCCACGUGUCGGCAUGGGCGCCGCCAUUUUGCCGGAAACUACGUGUCGGCACGGGCGCCGCCAUCUUGGAUUAGGCAGCACAACACAGCAACCCUAACAGCGAGACCAGAGAGCAACCCUCACACACCAGGACAAUGACAGAACCCUCAGAGAACAACAGACCCACUGCGGCUAGAGAGCAACAGGUGUUUCUGGGCAUCUAAAGCAUAGAGGCUUUGAAGAUUCUGUGAAGUAAACAGCAUGGAAUACAGGGAGUAUUUAGACUCAUGAUUUUGGCUUUUGUGUUUAGGGGUGGUAAAGUGCAUUUGUAAUUUCUGGUUUUGUUCUUGUUUUGUUUUGUAUUUUUUUUAGGAGGAGCGCAGCAUCCAGAGAUUCCUGGUUGUGUCAAGUACAACACUUUUUUCAGCAGAUUCAUCAUGUCACAAGAGGGAUCCGCCCACUGUCAAGGAUGAUGUCUGAGAUUGAGGCAUCAGGUGAGUUGAGGAUUGUGAUUAGGAGAAGGAAUGUGAGCAGGCAUACAGUUAGGAAUUAUUGUGGGUGGGGGGAGGUUUGAAGGUAGCAGGGUGAAAAAGGAUGUUUAUUUGAGGACCCCCCCCCAAGGCUUUUUCUCUCUGUUUUUUUCUCUGUCUUCUUUUCUCUCUGUUUCCCUCUGUCUUUUUUUUCCCUGUCUCUUCCUCUUCUUUUCACUCUUUUUCCUUCUCUCUAUUUUUUUCAGCCUUUACUUCUCUCUCGCUUUUCUCUCUCUCUCUCUCUCUCUCUCUCUUUUCUCUCUCUCUCUCUCUCUCUCUUUUCUCUCUCUCUCUCUCUCUCUAACUUUG